GGGAGCAACCUGCAGAGAAUCCGCCUCAACUACACCCUGGAGGGAGAAACUUUGCACUGGCUUGCUUGCGCCUUAUAUGUAGCCUGUCGAAAAAGCAUCACACCAACAGUCGGCAAGGGAAUGAUGGAAGGAAAUGGCGUUUCACUGACAAGAAUCCUCCGCUCGUCAAAGUUAAGCCUAAUUCAGUUCUUUAGCAAAAUGAAGAAAUGGGCAGACAUGGCCAACUUGUCCCAAGAAUUCAGGGAACGAGUGGAGCAGCUGGAGAGGAAUUUUGAAGUCUCAACUGUAAUUUUCAAAAAAUUUGAACCUAUAUUUUUGGACAUGUUUCAAAACCGUCAUGAGGAUCAACCUCGUCUUCAGAGAAGUAGAAAACAGCGGCGCCUUCCAUGCAGUGCAACUGAUGCUUUUAGUUUUUGCUGGACCUUAUUUGUAUAUACUAAAGGCAAUUUCCGUAUGAUUGGAGAUGACCUUGUAAAUUCUUACCACCUCUUACUCUGUUGCUUGGACCUCGUGUUUGGAAAUGCUUUACUGUGUCCCAAUAGGAAAGACCUGCUUAAUCCAGGCUUUGAAGGUUUGCCAUCAGAGUUUAGCAGCCAGGACUAUAAGCCCCCAGUGCAACCUCCAUGUAUCAUUGAUAAAUUAUGUGACUUGCAUGAUGGGCUCACAGUAGAAGCAAAAGGCAUCAAGGAGCACUACUGGAAACCUUACAUUAAGAGGCUGUUCGAGAGAAAGAUUCUGAAAGGAAACAGUGAGCUCCUCAUAGGACUUCUGGAUGUCAACAACUUUACAGACAACAACAAAGCAAUAAACAAGGAAUAUGAAGAGUAUGUUCUGACUGUGGGGGAUUUUGACGAGCGGAUAUUUCUGGGAGAAGAUGCUGAUGAGGAAAUUGGGACACCUCGAAAAUCUACAGCAGGCGUUCCAGUUGGCAAACUAUCGGCAAGAAUGCAAGUAGAGUGCAACCUGCAACAGCAUUUUGAAAAGACAAAGUCUUUAGCACCUUCAACACCAUUGACAGGAAGACGGUACCUGAAAGAGAAGGAACCAGUUGUAACACCGGUAUCCUCGGCCACACAAAGCGUGAGUCGUUUACAAUCCGUGGUAAUGGGACUCAAGAACAUUCCUAGCGAGCAUCUGCUACAGAUUUUCAACUCUUGUUCACGGAACCCAACUGAAGCUAUUACAGCACGAGUGAAAGAGAUGGGUGAGACUUUCUGCCAGCGCUACACCCAGCCUGUGGAAAACCAGGCUGGUUCUCAUAUAGAUUUUGCCAUCAAACGGUUGUGGCUUGCUGAAAUCUUGUAUUGGAAAAUCCUGGAGACAGUGAUGGUGCAGGAAAGUCGUCGAAACACUGGGAAAGACAUGACUGUGUUGCUCGAGCAAGAUAUUUUUCAUCGCUCUCUGAUGGCUUGCUGCCUGGAGAUAGUUCUCUCCUCCUAUAGUUCCCAGCGUACCUUCCCAUGGAUUAUCGACAUCCUAAAUCUUAGUCCCUUUUACUUCUACAAGGUGAUAGAAGUGUUAAUUCGGGCAGAAGAGGGUCUUUCCCGUGAUAUGGUGAAACACCUCAACAAUAUUGAAGAGCAGAUUUUGGAGAGCCGGGCUUGGAGCCAUGACUCAGCUCUUUGGAAAGCUCUGCUUGGAGCAGACAAUAAGGUUCCAACGUGUGAAGAGGUGACCUUUCCUUCCAACUUUGAAACUGGUAAUGGAGGUCCCACCUACCUGCCAAUGAUGCCAAUGUCUCCUAUAAUGCACCCUCGAGUAAAGGAAGUCCGGACAGACAUUGCUGGGACCUUCAACAAACGUGAUAUUCCUCCUCCGGCGUCACCGCUGUCCGUCCAUGAUCGGUUCACCUCUCCCUCUGCGGGAAGUGCUAAAAGAAGACUCUUUGGUGAUGACAAUUCAAUGGACACUCAUGUGAAUAUUGCACAGAAUAAGAUCAAUGUCACCCAGUCAGCUGGGCUGAGGAUUAUUCAGGCACAAAGUAUAGCCAAUGAAAACAUUACCCUCUCUCCUGGGCAGACUGUAGUAACCAUGGCAACAGCUACUGUAACAGCAACCAAUGGUCAAACACUAGCUAUACCUGUGCAAGGUAUUGCAAAUGAGACUGGGGGGAUCACCUUCAUCCCACUCCAGAUGAAUGUAUCCCCACAAGCACAAGUUGUAGAAGAAACCAUUCAAGUCCCCCUCUCUGCCCAGACUUUAAUCAACUCUUCUCCAAAACGAAUGGGAAUUGGAACAGUACAGGAGCCUCAGGUAGUAGCAGUCAAUAAACCGAAGAAGACUGGUUCACUGGCAUUGUUCUUCAGAAAGGUAUAUCAUCUGGCCAGUGUCCGUCUGCGUGACUUGUGUCUAAAACUGGAUGUGUCUGCAGAGCUUCGUAGGAAGAUCUGGACUUGCUUUGAAUAUUCUUUGGUGCAUUGCACAGAUUUGAUGGCAGACAGACACCUUGAUCAGCUCCUCCUCUGUGCUGUCUACAUAAUGGCUAAGGUUACUAAAGAGGACAAGUCUUUCACAGAUAUAAUGAAAUGUUACAGAAGCCAACCCCAAGCCAAUAGCCAUGUGUACAGAAGUGUUCUCCUUAAAGAAGGGAGAUGGUUGAGGAUGACAGGUAUUGAUGAGCACACAGGGGAAGAUGAAAACAUGGAAGAGCAGAUGCCCAGUAGUGAUGAUCCUAGCUCAAAGAACAACAGUGCACAUCGUCCUGGCGAGGCAAGCAACCCUCCAGUGUCUGCAACUAGAUUGUCCAACAAGUAUCCUGCAGCAAUGGAGGAAGAGCGGGGUGAUCUCAUUAAGUUCUAUAAUGGUAUCUAUGUGAACAGGAUUAAAGAGUUUGCACUGAAGUACUCCAAUGUGAAACUGGAGUGUGGGGUGGAAGCUCCGCCAUUGUCACCUUUUCCAAAUGUUAAACCCCAUCCUAUAUCUCCACGACGGAUAUCACAGCGACAUGCGGUCUAUAUCUCCCCUCACAAGAAUGGCACCUCCCUCACACCGCGCACAGCCAUGAUGUACAGAUUUAACCGGAGCCCAUCAAAGAAUCUCAGGGAUAUCAACUGUAUGAUCAAACAGGGCGAGCGGCUUAGCAGGAAGCGGGCGUUCACCAUGGAAAGUGACAGCGAGUCUCCAGCAAAAUGUCUCUGCCAAGAAAACGAUGACAUUUUGUUAAAGCGACUGCAGGAUGUCGUCAGCGAGCGGGCAAACCGCUGAAAGCAAUGCCGCACAACAUAACGCUUGUUCUGCUUAGGGUUUAUUAUGUAGCGUUCCUAGGAUCAGAUUUGUAUGAGAAUAUAGAGUAUUAUUAUGUGUAGAAAUCCUAGAAACCUGCCACAUUCAGCCAUCAGGCUGGGCAUAGCCACCAGACCCCUGUGUACAUCUUUUCCCUUAAAUCAGUUAUUCAUUGAGAAUAGACAUUGAAUACAAGGGUCAUAGGCUACUAAAAUGUCUCCAAAUCAAUCAUCAGAAAUCUCACUCUCUGGGCGUGCUGUGUGUGCAACUGUUAGUCAAGAGCAAGGAAUCAGCAUUUCAUACCAGUGCCAGUUUCACAGUUGCCUGAAGUAUGCUUUGACCUUGAAUGCAGUUAAAUAAUAGUUUCAGACGUCAGAAAGAGAGCCUUUGGGAUAUCUGUAGCUUAGCUUGGCCGGCAUGUUUCAGUGAUUGGUUUGGAUUUAGAUUGCUGGCAGUUAUUGUAGGUACAAGGAAGUUUCACAAAGCUAACAUUUUAUAAUUAUGUGUGAUUAUUUUUGUGAUGGGGGAUCAAGUAAAUAAAAACUUAACCAAACUGAGACAGCCUAGCAGCUUCUCAGCAAAGUGCUAUAAUUCACCAACACCACCUGAUGCCAUGAAUUCUCAGAGAGUGGAAUGCACUUUAUAAUUCCUGUCCCCUAGAAUAGCUGCAGUGUUCCACUUCACUUAUUAUGGAGCUGAAUGACUCUCCGUACUGACAGCCUACUCACCUACAGUGAACACAGUUGCACUAAUCUCCCAAUGUGUUGCCCAGAAGGUGCCUUAGAGCAGUGGAUUAAUAGAAUCUGGAGCCUUUUGUGCAAGUUUUAUGCUUGUUUAAUGGAGGGAUCCUGGUGCUGGGGAAGUGGAACAGUUUCCAUUUUGGACACCCUGUUCCAGCUCCAACCAUCUUCCAAGUCAGGUAAAACACCAGUGCAGAGUUACGCUCUCUCCUGUUUGUCCCAAUUUAUUGCAGCACCAAUCUCAGGAGAGCACCUUACUGCAUCAGUGUGACAUUUUCUCAUUUCACAUAGCCUCCAUCCUGUGGCCCCUGAGACUGUCAGUAUUAGUGCCAGUCAGUGACAUCAGCUAUAAAGUGCCUUAUUGCCAUCACUACAUUGACUGAUUCUUUUAAGUUUAGCUGAGGUGGGUGGGCAUGAAUAAAGCACUCAUUCCAGUUUACCUUGAAUUUGUAAUCUUUACUGAGAAUUUUAGUUGUUAAUUUUAGUUCCGACUUUAACCAGGAGUAGUAUAGACCAUAGAAAACGCAAUGCAGUUGGGAGGUGGUAUUAGAAUUUUCACGAAUCUGUUUUUCGCUGGGUUUCUGCCUGAAGAGGGAUUGUGAGGAACAGCCUUUCCAGUAAACCUGAUGCCUUGCUGAAUUUUCUUGCCAGUCUGUUGCCCCUUUUCUCCUGUCUUGGUGAGAAUAGUGUAUUUUUCUAUCUGCCUUUAAAAUUUUAAAUGCACAUCUGUAUCCAUGUGGACUUUGGCAUUUACACCCCUCGAUAUUUUAAAAUCUUGUAGCCAUAGUUGCCAAAACCUCUACAUGUCCCAAGGAUACUAUUUGUGUGUUGCAGAAAGCAUUAACAUAUCACAUUUUCAUAGAUGUGACACUCACUUUCUCCCAGUGAUGGUGAUCUUGUGCUAAUGAAGCAUCAGGUUAUAUCCCGGGCAAUCUAAGUGGUACAGUGAGAUUAAACAUUGUCCUGUCACCUGCAAAUUGCAUUUGAAUGUAACCCCAGAUAAGAGGAAAUACCCUGUUUUCUAUUUUUAAUGAAUUUGGGCAGUUUCAGUUCUUCUGCAUCCACAGCUCAAAACUGCCCCUAAAUUGACAGUUUUGAUCAGAUCACAAAGUUGACAGAUAAUUUUUUGCUUUACCUAACCCAAUGUCCAUCACAUGGGCCAUAGGAGUUCAAGAAGGCAGCUCACCACCACCUUCUCAAGGGCAAUAAGGGAUGGGCCGUAAAUGCUGGCCAGCGAUACUCACACCUCAUGAAAGAAUUUUUUAAAAUGUGGAAGCGCAUCGCAAGUUUAAGAGCCUCCAAGUCCAGUUACUGUGGAAUCCAUUUCAGUAAAAAUAUGUGUUUGCCUGAUACAGAAUGCAAACUCUCCCUGGAGAGACACACCCCACUUACCCAGGUUGUAAAGCUAUCAUAGUCAUUAACUAAUGAUAAGGUAGGGGAAAAAGAUUCAAUUGUAGUUUUUAACAGGGAAUUGGAUAAACACUUGAAGGAGGGAAAACCUGCAGGGAUACAGAGAAAGAACUAGGGUUGGUCUUCAAAAGAGCAGGUGCAGAUUCAAUGGGCCGAAUGCCUCCUGCACUUUGAUUCUAUGAAUUGAAACAGUUCUGCUGGAGCAUUGAUAUAAUUCUCACUGUUGCUGCAACUACCAUUCCCCCACACCCCAUUAAGGCAUUGACUUGGUCUCAUCCUUGUCAUUCAAUUAGUGAGCCAGUUUGGCUGGCUGGCCAUUCUUCCAACAGUAACUCUUUCAGAGUCAAACAAUUAAACUAAAUUAACAAAAUGAGGGAUAAAGUAAACACAGCCCCUAAGUUAGGUUAGCUGUAAAACCAAAGACAAAGUUUAAAUAAAACUUGCAAACAUAAAAUCAAAAUGUGAUUAAGAGGGUCAUUAAAGCACCUCAGACCCCCCCACCCCACCCCCGGAGCCCACCAGGCACGAAAGGCCUCGACAGUGCCGGCAGACACCGAUGCAUCCAACAGUAUGCAGACCUGCCUUUCUGACCAAUUGAAGUAUCCAAUUACUGAGUCAAUCACAGAGACUGGACCAGAUUCUAAAAAGACUGUUACCGCUCUCAUACCUCAAGGUUUAGGAAAUAAUAAGUGUCACAUUGCUGCUGUGCAGAGGUACAAUGUUGGACAGAACAGAGAGAGCUUUAUUGUGAAUCAAACCAAAGUUUUAUCUGACCUGAUAUUAGUGAGCAGAAAAAUUCAUAAGAGAUAUUAAAUAUGUUUGAAACAAUAAGGAUCCUUACUGGUGCUAUUUUCAAACAGUGGGUAACAUUUUGGGCCACACUAGAUUAUUAGCUGAGUUUAAGAAAUUCACUAAUAACCUAAAGUCAAUAGUAUUAAGAAUACACAGCAGGCCAGUCAGUUUCUGAAAGAGAAAGAUAGGUUAAUACUUCAGGUGUAGACCUUCAUAUAUCAGUGGUGCUUUGUUCACUCCCUUAUAUUACUAAUCCCUCCUUGACCGCGCACAGAAAAGACUCCAGUGUUAUCCCAUUAUUCCACAGAUACUUGAUUUUAUCUAUAUUUGUAGGGUGUUACAGCUUUCAAUUGACUUUCUGACCAGCAGCAAUGAGUGCUCCAUCUCUAGAGGGUUCUCCAAGGAUUUCUAAGUGACUCCUGCAAGGUCUGUGUGUUUAUCACUAUUGCGAUAAGCUACGGUGAUUUAAUAUAUAUAUUGUGUAGCAUCUACACGCGCCUUUCUCUCCUUUCUACAUAUAUUUUCUGUUGCGAAAAAGAGGGUGGGAGUUGUCAUUAUCAUGUAUAUUUGUAUAGAGCUUAAGUUUUAGAUUAUCCUAUGCAUUAAUAUUUGUACUUUGAAUGCUUUGUGUAUGGAACUAAGAGACAAUUUCAGUUUUUAUGUGAGAAAGAAAAUGUUAAGGAAAUUAUCAAUUCUGAUUUAUUUUUUUCUUGCCCAGGAUUUUAGGUUUUUUUUAAGGAAUUGUUUUAAUCCUCUCUGAACAUUAACAGCUAGCUUAUCACUUCCAGCUAUGUCCCUAGACCAGAGGGGAGUUUGGAGGAGAGGGCAGCCAGAUGAGGAACUCCUAACUUCUCUCCCUUACUUCUGCUGGGAGGAUAGUCUCCACUGCACAGCAGCUCAACUUCAAACACUCAAUCUGGUGAGGCAGUCCGUUGUUUGGCAGUGAAGUUCCUUAUAUCAGUUUUACUUCUGGGUUCUACAGAUGGGCAGUGGGGAGAACAUUUCCGGGAGGUAGUUAUAUGUUUGCAACGUCCUAAAUAUAUAGGUGUAGAAUUUCUAUGGGUUUUCCUGAUCAUCAUAACUGCGACAGAAAUCCCAUAGGAAUGGCAUGAAUUGCACUGUUUCAACAAGAUUUCUGUCAACAUUUGCAGGAGAUUGGGGGAAAUUCCCAUUGAAAUUCUACCGUCUGAUAUCCAGAGAGCUAUGUGAUAAAUGGUAAUGAUCAUUAAUCCAGUUAUUGGACAAAAUCUUGCUGUUGUACUUAUAGCGUUGCUAACAUAUAGCUGCCAGAGGAACUCAUCCCCUCUUCCUCCAACUUAUAGUGAGCUGAGGAAUUUUCUCAAUUCCCCCCACCGCUGCCCACCAGGAAUUGACAGCUUGUAGUGUGAUGUACUGGGCUUCCGAUGAGAAAAAUGGCCAAACAAUGAGGAGAAGUGGGAGAUUGUAUUUUAUUGAAUACUAAAACAUCUUAUGAUGACUUUCAAAGAUUUCCAUUUAGUGUAAAGUGCACUUUUUACCUGUGUGUGACAGAAGUGACACUGCCAGCUUAAAUAUAUCUUCUAUUUUUGGGACUUCGUUUUAAUAAAAGAAAAAAUAUUUACCACCA